AUGUCUUCAUACUCAUCUCUAUCUCCUGACUCUUUUGCAGGCGGUAGUGCGGGCAUUUCUUCCUCUGCUUCUGCCUCUGCUUCGACAUACUCCAAUGUGUCGUUCCGUUCGAACUCCGUUCCAGAUUCUUCAUCAGGCAAUAUUCCAGUGGUUCAGAACUCGUGCCAGCUUUACAUGGGUGAUUUGAACCCUGAAUGGUCUGAAAAUGAUAUAAAGAGCAUAUGGUCGAUGUUGGGUGAGCCCAACGUGCAGGUCAAGUUGAUCAAAUCCUCGAACCCAAACAAAUCGCAUUCUGCUCAGAACUCGGGCUACUGUUUUGUUGAGUUCGCAAACCAGGUGGCCGCCCGUAACGCACUUAUGAAGUCCGGGUUGCAAGUGCCUUUGGACCCAAACUAUGUCUUAAAACUCAACUGGGCGUCCUUUGCUACUGCACCUGGGACAGAAUUCACCAUCUUUGUCGGGGAUUUGGCUCCCAAUGUCACUGAGGCCCAGUUGUUCGAGCUCUUCAUUUCUCGGUACUCGUCCACUUUGAACGCCAAAAUUGUGUUUGACCAGUUCACCGGAGUUUCAAAGGGCUAUGGUUUCGUUAAAUUCGUCAACGAGGCCGAACAGCAGCGUGCCCUGGUAGAUAUGCAAGGUGUGUUUUUGAACGGAAGAGCUAUUAGAGUUGGUACAACUUCCAAAAAUAAGUACCAACAACAGCAACAGCAGCAACAGCAUCCUCAUCAUCAAAAUCAGCAUCAACAUCAGCAUCAGCAUCCUCACUCCCACCAACAGCAUCACCAGCAGCAACAUAGAUUUGGUAGUAACGGUUCGGCAUCCGUGGCCCCUCCUACGUCUGCUUCUGCCCAGCAGGUGGCUUCUUCUGUUUCUUCCGCUAACUCCGGUAUGGCUCAGUCCAAGUUUUCAUACCCAGUUUUGCAACAACCUUCCAUUAACCAAUUCUCUGACCCUAACAACACUACCGUGUUUAUUGGAGGUCUAUCCACAUUGAUCACCGAAGAUGAAUUGCGUACCUAUUUCCAACCAUUUGGUCAAAUUGUCUACGUCAAGAUUCCUGUCGGGAAAGGAUGUGGUUUUGUUCAGUACGUGGAUAGAGUUAGUGCAGAAACAGCUAUCUCGAAGAUGCAGGGUUUCCCAAUUGGUAACUCAAGGAUCAGGUUGUCCUGGGGUAGAAGUGCUAAACAGGCUGCUGCAAUGCAACAAGCUAUAUCUUUAGCUUUGAAGCAACAGACCCAACAAAACCAACAGGUCCAACAGCAGCAACAGCAACAACAGCAACAGCAACAAAUCCCACAGUACUCCUACCAACCCCAACCAUCGAUGCCUUCCAAUUAUUCAUAUAAUAUGGAUUCAUUACCCGGUAAUCAUUACGUUCCGGUUUCUCAUAAUAAUGCUUCUUAUACUUCUCAACCACAACAAUCCUUGUCCCAGCAACCAUUACUUCCAUCUUAUACAUCAAUGGAAUAUCAAAAUGCAGGUUCUUUGAAUGGCAGUAUGAGUGGAUCUUCUAGUUUCCAGUUCCCUAUGGGCUCAUCUGCCUCUUCUUUAGGUUCUGCUUUGGCUACGCAACAAAAUGGGUUCAACCUAAACUCUAACAUGAACAUGCAACCAAACGUUUCCCAAUCGUCACUCUUUGCUUCCAGUUUGAGACCUCAACUUUCCCCGCAAUCCACUGAUAUUUACACUCAAAAGAAGGUGGAAAUGAUCGAUUUCUUGGAACAAGGUGGUAACAACAAUGGAUACAUUUUCGCUUAA